CGGUCUGGUAGCGGCCGAGGCGGUACCUGCGUGAGAAUAUAUACUUUUUAGAAGCAGAAGCAUCCCCUUUGCUGUAGUACCAGCCUGGCCAAUAAUCACUGAAUACAUGGAAAUAAAUGGCAUGAAAAUUUGAACAGAAAAAGUACAUAAAUGAAUUCAUAUUUCCAAAACUUUAAACCCAAGGAUUUACUCACUCCUAACUGCCUUCAUGGCUGCAUCACACACUUUACAGACAGUUGCAGCUCAUGUUCCCUUUGCGGAUUUAUGCUCAACUUUAGAACGAAUACAGAAAAGUAAAGGUCGUGAAGAAAAAAUCAGACACUUCAGGGAAUUUUUGGAUUCAUGGAGAAAAUUUCAUGAUGCCCUCCAUAAGAACAAAAAAGAUGUUACAGACUCUUUUUACCCAGCAAUGAGACUUAUUCUUCCUCAGCUAGAGAGAGAAAGAAUGGCGUAUGGAAUCAAAGAAACAAUGCUUGCUAAGCUUUAUAUUGAAUUGCUUAAUUUACCAAAAGAUGGGAAAGAUGCCCUCAAACUCCUGAAUUACAGAACACCCACUGGAGCUCGGAGCGAUGCUGGAGACUUUGCAAUGAUUGCGUACUUUGUACUAAAGCCAAGAUGCUUACAGAAAGGAAGUUUGACUAUACAGCAGGUAAAUGAACUUUUGGACUCUGUUGCCAGUAGUAAUUCUGACAAAAGGAAAGACUUAAUAAAAAAGAGUCUGCUUCAGCUGAUAACCCAGAGCUCAGCACUUGAGCAAAAGUGGCUCAUCCGAAUGAUUAUCAAGGACUUAAAGCUUGGUAUUAGUCAGCAAACUAUAUUUUCGGUUUUCCAUAAUGAUGCUGUUGAGUUGCACAAUGUGACCACAGAUCUGGAAAAAGUCUGUAGGCAACUGCAUGAUCCCUCAGUGGGGCUCAGUGAUAUUUCUAUCACUUUGUUUUCUGCCUUUAAACCAAUGCUAGCUGCCAUUGCGGACAUUGAACGCAUUGAGAAGGACAUGAAAAACCAGGGCUUCUACAUUGAGACAAAGCUGGAUGGAGAGCGUAUGCAGAUGCACAAAGAUGGAGAUGUGUACCAGUACUUCUCCCGAAAUGGGUUUGACUACACUCAGCAGUUUGGUGCUUCUUCGAGGGAAGGUUCUCUUACCCCUUUCAUUCAUGGUGCAUUCAGACCCGACAUACAAGUCUGUAUCCUUGAUGGUGAAAUGAUGGCCUACAACCCCAACACACAGACGUUUAUGCAGAAGGGAGUUAAGUUUGAUAUUAAAAGAAUGGUAGAAGAUUCUGACCUGCAAACUUGUUACUGUGUUUUUGAUGUAUUGAUGGUUAAUAAUAAAAAGCUAGGACGUGAGACCCUAAGAAAGAGGUAUGAGAUUCUUAGCAGUACUUUUAUACCAAUACAAGGAAGAAUAGAAAUAGUACAGAAAAGACAGGCUCAUACUAAGAAUGAAGUAGUUGAUGCAUUGAAUGAAGCAAUAGAUAAAAGAGAAGAGGGGAUCAUGAUCAAACACCCUCUGUCUAUUUAUAAGCCAGACAAAAGAGGUGAAGGAUGGUUGAAAAUUAAACCGGAAUAUAUCACAGGCCUAAUGGAUGAGUUGGACAUCUUAAUUGUGGGAGGCUACUGGGGAAAAGGUGCUCGGGGUGGAAUGAUGUCUCACUUUUUGUGCGCUGUGGCAGAGAAGCCCCCUCCUGGGGAGAAACCCUCCGUAUUUCACAGCCUCUGUCGUAUUGGCUCAGGGUACACCAUGAAAGAACUGUAUGAUCUGGGUCUGAAAUUGGCCAAACAUUGGAAGCCUUUCUCAAAGAAAACCCCACCAAGUAGCAUUUUAUGUGGCACAGAGAAGCCAGAAGUAUACAUUGAACCGUGUAAUUCUGUCAUCGUUCAGGUUAAGGCAGCAGAGAUUGUCCCCAGUGAAAUGUAUAAAACUGAUUGCACACUGCGUUUUCCCCGAAUUGAGAAGAUAAGAGAGGACAAAGAGUGGCACGAAUGCAUGACGCUGGAUGACUUAGAACAACUUAGAGGGAAAGCAUCCGGAAAGCUCGCGUCGAAACACCUCUAUGUAAAUGAAAAUGAUGAACCUCGAGAAAAAAAGCGGAAAGCUGCCCCAAAGAUGAAGAAGGUUAUUGGCAUUAUCGAACACUUAAAAGCACCCAACCUAUCUAAUGUAAGCAAAGUUUCUAAUGUAUUUGAAGAUGUUGAGUUUUGUGUUAUGAGCGGAACAGACCAACAUCCAAAGCCAGAGCUAGAGAGCAGAAUUGCAGAACUGGGCGGUUACAUAGUACAGAAUCCAGGACCAGACACUUACUGCGUAAUUGCAGGGUCUGAGAACAUCAGGGUGAAGAACAUUAUUUCUUCAGAUAAACAUGAUGUUGUCAAGCCUGUGUGGCUGUUGGAGUGUUUUAAGACCAAAAGCUGUGUCCCCUGGCAACCUCGCUUUAUGAUUCACAUGUGUCCCUCAACAAAACAGCAUUUUGCUCGUGAAUACGAUUGCUAUGGUGAUAGUUAUUUUGUUGAUACAGAUUUGAAUCAACUGCAGGAAGUGUUUUCAGGAAUAAAGAAUUCUAGUGAACAGACUCCAGAAGAAAUGACAUCUGUGAUCGCUGAUUUGGAAUACCGUUACUCAUGGGAUGGCUCUCCUAUUGCCAUGUUUCGGCACCACACUGUUUAUAUGGACUUGUAUGGGGUCAUUAAUGACUUGAAUACCAAAAUCAGGGGAACAAAAUUAGCCAUUACGGCCCUAGAACUUCAAUUUUAUGGGGCAAAAGUUGUUUCCUGUUUAGCUGAAGGGGUGUCUCUUGUGAUUGUUGGACAGGACCAAAGUCGUGUUGGAAAAUUUAAAGCUUUCAGAAGAACUUUUAAGAAAAAGUUUAAAAUCUUAAAAGAAAGUUGGGUAACUGAUUCAUUAGACCAGGGUGAAUUGCAAGAGGAAAAUCUGUAUUUGAUUUAGAGCUGGCUUCUGAGGAAAGCUUUGGAUCUGAGACUUUCCACAAGGGUGAAUGCAAAGCAUUAAGCAGUAUUUCAUUUUUGCCUUUGAAAAUCAUGACUUAAAAAGUGCUUUUACAUAUAAAGAAACAUUAAUUUCACCUUUUAAAACAGAAAAGGAACUGAAUGACCCAAAGCCUAGAGAUUCUCUUAGCAGUGUCAGUACUUAGGAUUUUUAUCCCAAAAAAAUGACAUAAUUUAAAGAAUCUAAACUUUUGACUCAGAUAUUUUAAAAAUUCAUUUAGAGGGUUUUAAUGUCAUUGAAAGUAUUGAGUUAAGCAAACUUUUUACUCAAUUAAAAUUUUUGAUAGAUUUUUGGCUAAUAAGAGUAUUAUACAAAAAUGGGCAUAAGACUUACAAUUGGGCCUGCAACAAUGUCUUUUUAUUUGAAGAUAAAUACCUCCUGUGAAUGGGAAAUGUUGAAAACAUUUAUAAAAUCAAAGACAAACACUAAUAAAUAAUUCUUGGUCAUAUUUUAUCUUAACUUGAAUGAGACAUAAUAGUUUAAAUACUUAAAACCCAACUGAUUUUUAAAAAUUAGAUCACAUUUAAUUCUUUUCCUAAAAUAGGAUAUCUUGGAGUGUUUUAUGUGAAUUUAUACUGCAUUAUGAAUAGUACUCAGAGUGAUUUUCCUUGAUACAAUCCAUUGAGUGGGUGUCAUAGUGACAUAAUCUUACUGGCUUUUAUGAAUAGGCUACUUAAUGUCGAUGUGUACAAUGUAUAGUGCAUCUUGAUUUGUGGAUUUGUGAAUCAAACUUGAGAUGCAGCAUAUGUUGAAAAUGUGCUUUCAUGCUAGCCCUCAAAGAGGGGAAUUUGGUAUCCGAGGUGCUUACUGUACAUAGAUUGUUUGCAAGUAAUUUGCAGUUUUAUUGGAAUAAUAGAAAGAUGUUUGCUAUAUUUAAAUAAAAUAUUUAAUAUAUUAUUAAAGUAA